AUGAAGCUAAUCACCGAACUCACCAUCCCAGCUUCCUGCUUCCUCACUUUCCUCAUCCUCGCCUCCACCGCCACGUGGCGGCUACUCCGGCGAAGGAACGACGCCGGCGUAGCCAAUCCGAACCUGCCGCCAGGCCCGUGGAAGAUUCCGAUCAUCGGCAACAUGCACCAGCUCCUCCACACGCUCCCCCACCGCCGCCUCCGCGACCUCGCCGCCGUUCACGGCCCCCUGAUGCACCUCCAGCUCGGCGAGGUCCAAACCCUCGUCGUCUCGUCCGCCGGCGCCGCCAGGCACGUGGUCAAAACCCACGACGUCAACUUCGCCAACCGCCCUUUCCUCCUCGCCGCCAAAAUCGUGGGGUACGGCUUCACCGACGUCGUCUUCUCCCCCUACGGUGAGUACUGGCGGCAGCUCAGGCGGAUCUGCACCCUGGAGCUCCUCAGCUCGAAGCGGGUCGGGUCGUACCGGCCCAUCAGGGAGGAGGAGAGCGCGGAGAUGGUCCGGUCCAUAACCUCCACGGCCCAUGGGCCCAGCCCAGUUGUCAAUCUCAGCCGCAUGAUCAGUUCCCUGACCAAUGCCGUCACCGCGAGGGCCGCGUUCGGGGAGAAAUUACAGAGGGAUGAAAUGGAAGAGUUCUUGAAAGUGGUUAAGGAAAAUGUGGAGGCUGCGGGAGGGUUCAGCCUGCCGGAUCUGUUCCCGUCGGCUAAGUGGGUCCACGCGUUCAGUGGGUUGGAGUCUAAGCUGCUCAAAAUUCGAGGGAAACUCGAUAGAGUAAUCGAUAAGAUUUUAGUCGACCACCGAGCUCGGAGGAGCAGAAGGAGUAGUGCUGAUCAAGGAGAUGAUGAUGUUGAUCUUCAACAACAAGAUCUUGUGGAUGUUCUGUUGACGGCUCAGGAAGAAGGGCAGGAUAUCUUCGCAGCUGGAACUGAUACUUCCUCUGGAGUUGUAGAAUGGGUGAUGUCGGAAUUGCUGAGGGAUCCAAGAGUUUUGAGCAAAGCACAAACUGAAGUAAGACAGAUUUUUGAAAAAAUAGGCUUCGUUAAAGAAGAAGGUCUAGGCGAACUGAAAUACUUGAAAUUGGUCAUAAAAGAAGCCAUGAGAUUGCACCCACCUAUCCCGAUGUUGGUUCCAAGACAAAACUCGGAAUAUUGCAAGAUCGAUGGUUACGAUAUCCCGCGCAAUACCAAGGUCAUCAUCAAUGCCUGGGCUAUUGGAAGAGAUCCCAAAUAUUGGACCGACCCCGAUCUGUUCAUUCCCGAGAGAUUCUUGAAUUCCGCGGUGGACUAUCACGGUACCAGCCUUGAGUUCAUCCCGUUUGGUGCGGGAAGAAGGAUGUGUCCCGGUAUAGCAUUCGGGAUAGCCAAUGUGGAACUCCCCCUGGCUAGUUUGCUAUACCACUUUGACUGGAGGUCGCACGAUGGGAAGCCAUUGGAAAGCUUGGAUAUGUCUGAACGUUUUGGUGCAACGGUGAAGAGGAAAUACGAUCUCUGCUUAAUUCCUAUUCCUUACCCAUCUGGCAUCGACGAAUAG